ACCCAGCUGGUCCCACAAGUCCUAUAAUACCAAGCACAACAUGCUUUACCUUCAAUGAAAGCUGAGACGGGGGGACGGUUGACUGCUGCUCCUGAAAUCAGCUCAGAGCUCGGAUACAAAACCAAGAGCGUCGCUCUUUUAGCAGCUUAGUUCUCCCGCAUCUGUUCCACUACACCUUCUGCUGUGCGCCGGAACUUUUAUCAUUCACUGACUGCAGCGCGUUUAGACCUGCAACUUAUCAAAAGCAGAGGCACAGCUUGGAUAACGCUCUUAUUUUUUCCUGCAAACCUUCCUCUCUUGCUGUGACUGGUGUCAAAGGUGAUGGUAUCAUUCUGUAACUCCUCAGGUGAUGGUAUGUCUUUUUGGAGAUAGGGGCCACUUUUGGAAACGCGCUAGGUUUUCCACAACUGUUAUUUUUUCUGCUGCAACCUUCGCUUUGGCUCAAGCAUGGCUCUCUACUCUCGGUUUGUGGUCGUGCUGCUUUACGGAUGGAGUUAUCUGUGCGUUGGAUACUGCGCGAUGCUGAAAACAGACAAUUUCCCCGAGAGACGAAAGGUGGAUUUUACGCAUUCGGAGGAUAAAAAGCACCCAGAGAAACACGAGCAGGAUCUGUUUUUACAGGAUACAAUGACGGAACACAUGCAGAUGCUUUACGCGAAGUACAACCGGGCUGGGUUUCCCUUCAAGGACGGCAACACUGUCCGCAGUUUCAAAGCGCACUGGGGUACGAUAAACAAGAAGCAGCUGCAGAUUUUCAACCUCACCUCCCUCACCAAGUCAGAGGACGUUCUGUCAGCCACUCUUCAUUAUUACAUUGGAGACCUUCAGAACAGCACCCAGGGCUGCUCCAGGUCCAAAAGCUGCGGACGCCACGGCCCGAGGAGGCACAACCACAUCCAUAUGGUCAUCUGGAGCUUCGCCUCUGUGGAUAACAAGAUAAGGACUCUAGGACACUUUCGGAUCAAUGUGUCCACCCUCUACAGGGACUUCAUAUCUUGGCAGUGGAAGGACAUAACUCGUGUGGUCAACCAGGCCAGACACCACGACGAGCUGCUCAUUGGAAUCGAUGUGGCCUCACAAGGACCUCAGCCAUGGAAGAAGCUCCUGUCUGACCGCUCACCCUACAUCCUGGUCUACGCCAACGACUCUGCCAUUUCAGAACCUGAAAGUGUGGUAGCCACCCUCCAGAGACAUCACCCGGUGGGAGGGGAGGGCUCCAUUUCACACAGCUUCCGAAAACUGGGACUGCGUGAGCGAAACAACACUGAACAAGAGCAGCCGCAGCCCAGACACAAGCGCUCGGUGAACGUUCUGCUCCCGUUGCAAAACAAUGAACUUCCCGGGCCAGAGUAUCCAUACGAGACAACCGGGUGGGACGAGACGAGUCCGUAUGAACCUUUUGAAAACAAGCAGGCCCGUCGGCCGCGUAAAAAGACACGCAAGAACCAGCGGCACAAGAUGCCCCUGCUGCAGUUCGACGAGCAGACAAUUAAAAAGGCAAGAAAGAAGCAGUGGAACGAGCCCAGGAACUGCGCUCGGAGGUACCUGAAAGUGGACUUUGCUGACAUCGGAUGGAGUGAAUGGAUUAUAUCACCCAAGUCAUUUGAUGCCUACUACUGCUCAGGGUCCUGCCAGUUCCCCAUGCCAAAGGCUCUGAAGCCCUCAAACCACGCCACCAUCCAGAGCAUAGUGCGGGCAGUGGGCGUCGUCCCAGGCAUCCCAGAACCGUGCUGCGUCCCAGAGAAGAUGUCCUCCCUCAGCAUCCUCUUCUUUGAUGAGGACAAGAACGUGGUGCUGAAAGUCUACCCCAACAUGACUGUAGAUUCUUGCGCCUGUAGAUAGUUUUUUUGUCCUUCAACGCCUGUUCACAUAAAACUCAUGUCACAUAGAAAAGAAAAAAAAAAUCAACACAUGCAGCCAAACGACACUCUCUCCUCCUGUCUAGUCUUACACUCACUCUCAAACACCCAUUGAACACAGCUUCCCUUUUGCACUGGAGGAGAGUACUGCCUGUUGUUCCAGGUGAAGAGGAGACUGGUCUGUUCGUGGGAAGGAACGGAUCGUGUGAGUUAUCCUCGUGGAAGAUGACUGGAAUGGAAAUCUCCAUGCUCCAAUUUCACCACCGGCACCACUGUUUAUCUUCAUGUCUUUAUCAUCGCUGCUCAGUUAUCCGUUGGGCGAUAGCAGGGUGAUGGAAUCAUAAACUCACCAGCAAGAUACAUAAAUACAGAUCGAGGCCUAAGAGACAGAAACUGAAGGAAAAAUCACUUUUCAUGAAAAAUGAUCUCAGUUUGAACUGAUGCCUCUGAGGGGGGGUCAUGCUCAUCUUUCUCUCCUCCACAGCUUGAAGUUGUCUUUGGUCAUUACCACCAAGUCACCUAUGCUCGCACUUGCAUGGUUUUUGUUACUAUUUGUAUGUAUUUAUGUCUGUACUAUCACUGUGUUAUUCACUAUAUGAGAAGUUAUUGUAUAAUUAUUGGCUUGGCUGCUAUAGAGAGAUAUAUUAGAUUCCAAAGCCAGACUUGUGACGUAGACGGUACAGUAGAUAGCCGUACAUAUUUAUGUUUAGAUCACUGCUCCAUUGUUGUACAGAACCCACAUCUUAAGAGUUUAUUAUAUGCGGAAGUGUAAGCUACUUUUCAUUUGUGGUCUUCAUUGACAGAUGGAGUUUUGGAGGAGACCUCAUUAUACCGUUGCUUCGCCAAGAAAAUGUUUAACAAGUAAACUUCAGAUUUGAUUUUGAAAGAUAAAGGGACAUAUCAAAAGGAGAAAGUAAUACAGUGAACUGUCACCAUGUGUUUAUUACAAGUGUAAAACCACAGGACUCUAAAAGCCACUUGAUGCUUGGGUGGAAUUCUGAAACCCCUGUUGGACCUGAUAAGCUCGGAAAGAAAUCAAAUAAGUCGUGGAACUUGGCAGGCGUAAAAGAUAAAUACUGGUGGUUUCAAUGAGCCUGAUAUCAGACUGAACCUAUUUGCUUUUGGCAUUAAAGUUCAGGACAUGUUGCCAUUACAUUCUGUUCAUUCUCUUUAAAAUUAUGUUUUGUAUUUUCAGCAUAGAAUGACAUUUAUGAAGAAAAAAUAUUAUAAACUGCCAAAAUGCUUCUAGAAAUAUUUUUUUUAACAACCAAGACAUCAAAAAAGUCACUAUCAAGUAAAGAUACACUGCUGGUCUGGAAUCAGUUUUACGCUACAGAUCCUGAAAGGAUACGUUUGGUAUUUUUCAACCUGGACCCUAUUUUCCCAUGUUUUUGUGUUUAUGUGAUUACAGGGAGCCAUAGUUUUUUUUUUAAAAAAUUGGUCCAGUAUUGAACAGCAAAGCAGGCUGCAGUCUAAAUAUUCGGGGCAUGUUCACACCGUCAGUUCACAUCCCUGAAAGUGCUUGUUUUUGUCGCUGACAGGCUUAGAUUGUUAUUCUAAGUGUCUGACAACUUGUAGAAAGAGAUGGACCUUUUUGUUAAAGAGUAAAAUGCUUUGUGUUUAAUCAGAAACAGCUCAGAAAUUGCCAUUGCCAAACCCACCAGACUCCAUUUAAAUAAGUCAUUUUUAUCAUCUUAAAACACUCUAUUUAAAGUUGACAGACACAAAAUAAACCUCACAAAACAUGUUUUGGGUUUGUUUUUAUCCUGUUCCAACAAUCACCAACUUUUGUUUGGUUGAAAUAAACCCUUAAUUCAUAUAUGCUAUUGGUGGGUUUGGCAAUGUCAAAUUCAGGACUGUUGUUGGUUUGACAAAAAGAAUGGUACUCUUUAACAAAGAAUCAGUCUCUGUAGGGAUCCUUGUCAGACACUAAUAAUAAUAAUUUGAGCCUGGCGGUGGCAAAAAUGAGCACUUUUAGUGGACUUAAAUUGACAAUGCGUACAUGCCCUGAGUAGUUACAUUGGAGCUUGUUUUGCCAGUACAGCCUUGUUGCUCAAUACUGGACCAUUGGCAAAAAAAAAAAAAAAAAAAAAAUAGUCACAAAAAUAUGGUAAAACAGGAUCCAGGUUGAAAAAUACCAAACUUAACUUUAACUUAACUUUAUUUUUUACAAUUUUCGUUGAAAAGUAUCUGUUUUUUUAGGAUUUAAAGGUUGAGAUGGAUUAAAAUAUUACUACUAUUUAGCUCCAAGAGAAAAAAACAACUUGUGAACUACUAGAUUACAGUGAACAAGGUCCUCCGCUGACGAGAACAGCUAAGAAAAUGUUUCUGCUGGUCCAUGAGAGUACCCAGAUUUUCUCAUCAGAUUUUUAAAAUUGCCAUUUAAAAAAAAAAACAAACAAAAAAAAACAAACAAAAAUGAUGAGCACUACAUAAAAUAAAUUGAAGAGCUGAACUGCUUUCCUGGGUCGCAUAUGCCUUUAAUAUUACUGUAUCGAGUAGAUUUCCCAUAAAUCAUUCGAGGGUGUGUUAUUCGAUCACAUGUAGUUAACGCUGAGUCAACAUUGAACAGUCACACCAGGAAGAGCAGUUAACAUGUCGUAAUGUUGCCUUAGGUUGCGCAUUAUUGUCAGAGUUCAUAAAACCAAAUAUUUAUUCAGAGCAAAUAAACUGAAAUAUAGCAGCAAACCUUUUUUUUCUAUAGACUUGUACAUUGUUUUUGUAUAUAGCUCACUAUAUGUCGAUGACAUUCUAAUGUCUCUUUGAGAUAGAAGUGCCUUUUGAAUGGGUGGAUUUCUGCUUUUCAAAAAGUUUGAUUUGAUUCAUCGCCUGUUCAGAGGGGCUCGGUCGUUCAGAAAACUGAGCUCACUUUGCAAUGAAGCUGAAGUCGAAGCAAGCAGCUGAGAACAGUGUUUUUUUAUGGUACAGAUAGUGAACAUAGUUCAUAUUCUUUCAGUAAGUAUGAUCGCCAGUGGAAUUAACUCUAAAAUGUAUUUCAAAUAAUUCACUAUUUUGAUAUUUCAGAGACAUUUAUUUUGUGUCAAUAGCUAAGGGCAGAUUUUUUUAACUUUAUAUAUUUUGUACUGACAUUUUUUCCAGUUUGUGCUUCUUCAUCUCGUGCCAAUACAGAUUUUAGAAUAGAGUGGCUUCCUCUGGUUGUAACAGUACAACACUGCAUACAUGACGGCUGUGGACAAGUCGUUUU